CCCGUUCCCCAGGCGCUCGGAGCCCGAGUCCGUGGGAAGAUGGCGGCGCCGCUCAUUCCCCUCUCCCAGCAGAUUCCCACUGGAAAUCCGUUAUAUGAAUCUUACUAUAAGCAGGUCGACCCAGCAUAUACAGGGAGAGUUGGGGCGAGCGAAGCUGCACUUUUCCUAAAGAAGUCUGGCCUUUCAGACAUUAUCCUUGGGAAGAUAUGGGACUUGGCUGACCCAGAAGGUAAAGGGUUCUUGGACAAACAGGGUUUCUAUGUUGCACUGAGACUGGUGGCCUGUGCGCAGAGUGGCCAUGAAGUUACCUUGAGCAAUCUGAACUUGAACAUGCCUCCGCCUAAGUUCCAUGACACCAACAGCCCUCUGAUGGUCACACCACCUUCUGCAGAGGCCCACUGGGCCGUGAGGGUGGAAGAAAAGGCAAAAUUUGAUGGGAUUUUUGAAAGCCUCUUACCCAUCAAUGGUUUGCUCUCUGGAGACAAAGUCAAGCCAGUCCUCAUGAACUCAAAACUACCUCUUGAUGUCCUGGGCAGGGUCUGGGACCUCAGUGACAUCGACAAGGAUGGACACUUGGACCGGGACGAGUUCGCUGUGGCCAUGCACUUGGUGUACCGAGCCCUCGAAAAGGAGCCCGUGCCCUCCGUCCUGCCCCCGUCCCUCAUCCCACUCUCCAAGAGAAAGAAGACUGUGUUCCCUGGUGCCGUCCCUGUCCUGCCUGCCAGCCCCCCACCAAAAGACAGCCUCCGCUCCACACCGUCCCAUGGCAGCGUCAGCAGCCUCAAUAGCACUGGCAGCUUGUCCCCCAAACACAGCAUCAAGCAAGCACAGCCAACAGCAAACUGGGUGGUGCCAGUGGCAGACAAGAUGCGAUUCGACGAGAUAUUCCUGAAGACAGACUUGGACCUGGACGGCUAUGUCAGUGGCCAGGAGGUGAAGGAGAUCUUCAUGCACUCAGGCCUCACCCAGAACCUUCUAGCACACAUAUGGGCCCUGGCCGAUACGAGGCAAACGGGGAAGUUAAGCAAAGACCAAUUCGCGUUAGCUAUGUAUUUCAUUCAGCAGAAGGUCAGUAAAGGCAUCGACCCCCCUCAAGUCCUCUCGCCGGACAUGGUGCCGCCCUCGGAGAGAGGCACUCCAGUCCCGGACAGUUCAAGCGCUCUUGGCUCAGGGGAGUUCGCUGGCGUGAAGGAGCUGGAUGACAUCAGUCAGGAGAUUGCUCAGUUGCAAAGAGAGAAGUACUCACUGGAACAAGACAUUAGAGAAAAGGAAGAGGCAAUCAGACAGAAAACCAAUGAAGUACAGGAAUUACAAAACGAUCUAGACCGGGAAACAAGCAAUUUGCAAGAGCUUGAAGCUCAGAAACAAGACGCUCAAGACCGCCUCGACGAAAUGGACCAGCAGAAGGCCAAGCUCCGAGACAUGCUGAGUGACGUCAGGCAGAAGUGCCAGGAUGAGACCCAGAUGAUCUCAUCACUGAAAACACAAAUCCAGUCUCAGGAAUCCGACUUAAAGUCCCAGGAAGAUGACCUGAACCGGGCAAAGUCAGAGCUGAGCCGACUGCAGCAGGAGGAAACCCAGCUGGAGCAGAGCAUUCAGGCUGGGAGAGUCCAGCUGGAAACCAUCAUCAAGUCUCUGAAAUCCACGCAAGACGAGAUCAACCAGGCGAGAAGCAAGCUCUCCCAGCUGCACGAAAGCCGCCAGGACGCCCACCGGAGCCUCGAGCAGUACGACCAGGCACUUGACGGGGUCCAUGGUGCCAGCCUGACUGACCUGGCCGACCUGAGUGAAGGCGUCUCCUUGGCAGAGAGGGGCGGUUUUGGAGCCAUGGAUGAUCCUUUCAAAAAUAAAGCCUUGUUAUUUAGCAACAACACGCAAGAAUUACAUCCGGAUCCUUUCCAGGCAGAGGACCCCUUCAAAUCCGACCCAUUUAAAGGAGCUGACCCUUUCAAAGGCGACCCUUUCCAGAAUGACCCCUUUGCAGAACAGCAGACAGCUUCAGCAGAUCCAUUCGGAGGGGAUCCUUUCAAAGAAAGUGACCCAUUCCGCAGCUCCACCACUGACGACUUCUUUAAGAAACAGACGAAGAACGACCCUUUUACCUCAGACCUGUUCACGAAAAACCCUUCCCUACCGGCAAAGCUCGACCCCUUUGAAUCCAGCGAUCCCUUCUCCUCCUCCAGCGUCUCCUCAAAAGGAUCAGAUCCCUUUGGAACGUUAGACCCCUUUGGAAGUGGGUCCUUCAAUAGUGCUGAGGGCUUUGCCGACUUCAGCCAGAUGUCCAAGCACCUUUCAAACGUGAGGUCGUAAGUAAGGGCAGGGUCCAGAAAGCACCCCCGGCUGUGAUCGGAUGCGUCUCCCUCUGUGUGAAAUGGCCGUAGUCCUGAAACCCUUGCAGUGACCGUCCGUGCCCCAGUUCCCCCGGCUCCUGCUGGCAUCUGGCGACCAUCAGAUCACAGGCGAUGAAGUUGUUACCAUGGCCACGUAGGAGCUCAUGAAGAUGUUGAGAACAGAGCUCCCAGGAGGGUCGAGGCCUGUAGGUGUGAGGCGUCUGAGGCAGUGGGCCGAGCCAGUGUCUGGAGCCCCCUGUGGGGCAGAACUCAGGAGGGGAGUCCAAACAUGAGGGCCAGGCCCAGGAAUAGAUGUGAAUAAGUCCACAGGGCAGAAGCGAAUUGUUCUAGAAGGACACUAGUCAGGGCCGCUAUGAGGCCAGACAGUGUGUGCGUCCAGCCUGACACACGAUGGCGUGAACUGACGUGGCUGUAGCCCGAAUGGUAUUGGGGCUCUUCCUCGAGGGGCUUGGUGGGGCGCCAUGGUUAGGGCCACAUCUGUAACAUGGCAAGACGUCUGUCCGUAGUGUCCAAGAUGGACCGAUCAAGAAAUAACAGCAGAAGCCCAUUAUUACUGAGGUAAGUUCCAGAAGAAACUGCUAAAAAAUCAAAAAUGGUCACCUUGGUGAGUGAGAAUAAAGCCAAGGUGAGGGUCCGCUGUGCUUCAUUUCGACGUCGUGUGUCCCUCGGUUUCAGCAGUGAGCGCGUUUCUCUGAUGGGCAUUGAGGGAAGCAGGUAAGCUGUGCCGCGUCUGGUGCCAGUGCCCGAUCCUGCUUUGUUCCUUCUCGGGAGCCCUAGACAGGGAGCCUCUGGGCCACAGCCUGGGCCCUGCUUUCCCCACGCAUUCCGCCGAUUUUUACUGAGUGCCUGCUGAGGCCCAGGUGCCAUCAGCACUCAGGGAGAGGCAGUGGCCUCAGCCUGAAGGCGGGGACGGCAGGGAGCCCUGUGAGUACAUGGAAUGCAAGCACCCCAGGUACGGAGUCCCCCCAGCCGCUGCCAGCCCCCAAACCCAGGCACCCCGAAGUGCCAGCUUCGUGGGGCUUCCUGCCUUGGUUGUGCCGUGUUGGCUCAGCCGACAGAGCAAGCAAUUCCCUGGGUGCCUUGUGGUUGGCAGCGGUAGCAACGUGUGAUUGGUUGUGGUGCACAGCUUCUGAGAAACAGUUGAGGUUCUGUUCAGGUUUUCAGAGAAGCACGUUAGCUGGAGUACCCAAACUUGGUGGAGCAGCGGCUCUACUGUUUGGGAUGGCCAGAGGGCAGCAGGGCAGUGAGAGUUCCUCUGACGUUGGCUCACACGCUCCCGAACAGGUGGGAAACCAUCUCCUGAAAUCAGAAACUUCUGCCACACGGUGGCAGCAAUCCCAAGGGCAGGGCUGUGGCUCGUCUUCUCUGACUGUCAUAUGCAGGAGGCUGGCCCUGGAGGCAGAGGGCUUCAGAUCCUCCUUCCUCCAUCCUCCUCACUGUCAGCACCAGGCCAUGUCACCCGGAGUGGCCGGAGCUAGGACAAGGAUGAGAGAGAAGCUCCAGGGGCCUGCUGUGCACGAGUGAGGACCCCUGUGUCAAGCAGUGGCAGAGCAGAGGCUGCGUGGGUGUUGCCGGGGCCAGGGCAGGGUGGCCAGCCUGCAGCAGCGACCCUCGGCCCUGGACGGCAGGAGCAGCCCUCCCAGCCCCAGCAGUGUCAGACCACCGUCUCCUCACUCCCCCCACAGCGUGGCACCAUGUCCCACAGACCCUGAGUUUCCCAGAGCUACUGCGUCUUUCCUGAGUGGGACACUGCAGAGCCUGGCCCUUCCCUGUUUUGCUGUCUGUCCUAACCCGAGUUGCAUUUUCUCCUCUUCGAAUGACCUCCCUCUCCCUGUCCUCGUGCCCCAAGAUCAGGCUGUUCACACACGUGCGGUUGUGAUUUGAGAGCCAGUCCCACUUCCUGUGCGGGGCGCCGGGCCAGAACAGAGUUGGACGGGGCUGUGGAAAAUUGGUCUCCAGUACUAUAUUGUUUUGUUUCCACCGACCCACACGCUCCUGCUGUCGUGACACUUAGACAGCUGGAUACCAAGCGCCGCGUGACCUGGAAGCUUUGUUUUUCCUCCCGGUUACCUUUCUGUUUUUUAAGAACAACAUCGUGUAUAUAAAUAAAAUGCUGAAGGAAA